UGUGCGCGAGGGUGUUUAUUCACUUUUCUUAAGACUAAGGGGGAACAACACCGUAGGGGAGAAAAAACAUUUGACAUUUGACAGUGUUUGUUUUAUGAUUCGUUAAUUAUUUCCACAAUGUCUACGAAAGCAGAGCAAUUUGCCUCUAAGAUACGAUACUUGCAAGAGUAUCACAACCGUGUGCAACACAAUAUUUACCCCGUGCCCUCCGGAACAGACAUUGCCAACACACUGAAAUACUUUUCCCAAACCCUGCUCAGCAUUCUGUCCCGCACAGGCAGGAAGGAGAACCAGGAAGCUUCCAAUUUGGCCGUGCCCAUGACCAUGUGUCUUUUUCCUGUGCCAUUCCCACUCACCCCAUCUCUAAGACCACAAGUCAGUUCCAUCAACCCUACAGUUACUCGCUCCCUCCUUUACAGCGUUCUGCGUGAUGCCCCUCCAGACCGCGGGGGGCAGGGGCAGCAGAGUCGGGACGCUCAGCUCUCAGAGUACCCCUCUCUGGACUAUCAGGGGCUCUAUGCGACCCUCGUGACCCUGCUUGACCUGGUGCCCCUGCUGCAGCACGGUCAGCAUGAUCUGGGACAGUCCAUAUUUUACACAACAACUUGCCUCCUGCCCUUUCUCAGUGACGAUAUUCUCAGCACUUUACCCUACACUAUGAUCUCCACUUUAGCUACAUUCCCCCCAUUCCUGCACAAAGACAUCAUUGAGUACCUGAGCACCUCUUUCCUCCCCAUGGCUGUAUUGGGUUCCACUAGAAGAGAAGGGGGCGUUCCAGCAUAUGUCAAUCUCUCUGCCUCCUCUAUGCUAAUGAUUGCUAUGCAGUACACCUCCAACCCAGUAUACCACUGUCAGUUGUUGGAGUGUCUUAUGAAGCACAAGCAGGAAGUGUGGAAGGACCUGCUGUAUGUCAUAUCCUACGGACCAUCCCAAGUAAAGCCUCCAGCCGUGCAGAUGCUCUUUCAUUACUGGCCAAACCUAAAGCCCCCAGGAGCCAUUAGUGAAUACAGAGGCCUGCAGUACACUGCCUGGAACCCCAUCCACUGCCAGCACAUUGAGUGUCACAAUGCCAUCAAUAAACCUGCCGUCAAGAUGUGCAUCGAUCCCACCCUCUCCGUUGCCCUGGGAGAGAAGCCCCCUCCUCUGUACAUCUGUGAAGAGUGCAGCCAAAGGAUAUCAGGAGAUCAUGCAGAAUGGCUUGUUGAUGUGCUCUUGCCCCAAGCUGAGAUAUCUGCUAUUUGUCAAAAGAAGAACUGUAGCUCUCAUGUCAGGAGGGCGGUUGUCACUUGCUUCUCAGCUGGCUGCUGUGGGCGCCAUGGCAACCGGCCUGUCCGCUACUGCAAGCGUUGCCAUGUCAACCACCACAGCAGCGAGACGGGGGCUGCGGCAGAGACCCAUCUCUACCAAACUUCUCCCCCUCCCAUCAACACCCGCGAGUGUGGGGCAGAGGAGUUGGUGUGCACUGUGGAGGCUGUUAUCAGCCUACUGAAAGAGGCAGAGAUCCACGCGGAGCUGCGUGAGUUUGAGCUGAACAGGCGUCGUCAGAUGGGCCUGUCUGCCUCUCACCACUCCCUUGACAACAUCGACUUCGAUAACAAAGAGGACGACCAGCACGACCAGAGGCUCCUCAGUCAGUUUGGCAUCUGGUUCCUGGUGAGCCUGUGCACCCCCAGUGAGAACACGCCCACUGAGAGCCUGGCGCGGCUGGUGAGCAUGGUGUUCCAGUGGUUCCACUCCACAGCCUACAUGAUGGACGACGAGGUGGGCUCCCUGGUGGAGAAGCUCAAGCCACAGUUUGUCACCAAGUGGCUGAAGACCGUGUGUGACGUGCGAUUCGACGUCAUGGUGAUGUGCCUGCUGCCCAAGCCUGUGGAGUUUGCCAGAGUGGGGGGUUACUGGGAUAAGUCUUGCAACACGGUGACCCAGCUGAAAGAGGGGCUGAACAGGAUCUUGAGCCUGAUCCCCUACAACGUGAUCAGCCAGCCGCUGUGGGAGUGCUUCAUGCCAGAGUGGCUGGAGGCCAUCCGCACUGAGGUGCCUGACCAGCAGCUCAAGGAGUUCAGAGAGGUGCUCAGCAAGAUGUUUGACAUUGAGCUGUGCCCUCUGCCCUUCUCCAUGGAGGAGAUGUUUGGGUUCAUUAGCUGCAGGUUCUCAGGCUACCCAGCCUCUGUGCAGGAGCAGGCUCUGCUCUGGCUACAUGUGUUGUCAGAGCUGGACAUUGUAGUGCCUCUGCAGCUGUUGGUCGGGAUGUUCUCUGAUGGGGUGAACUCUGUGAAGGAACUGGCCAAUCAGAGGAAGGCUCACGUCUCAAAUCUAACUGGGGAAAAUACUGAGGCUCGGAGGGAAAGCGUGGUUUCAGAACCAGGCCGUCUUGGGCAGCACAACACCCUGAGCCCAUUCCCCAGUCCGUUCCGAAGCCCAUUCCGGAGCCCCCUGCACUGCAGUCCCUUUAAGAACCUAGGCCAUGCUACAGGACACUGUGCCCUGGACCUGGACUGUGACGAUGAUGACAUGAACCUGAGCUGCUUCAUCCUCAUGUUUGACCUCAUCCUCAAACAGAUGGAGCUCCAGGAUGACGGCGUGAUUCUGGUUCUGGAAAGCAGCCUGGGGAAAGACAUCGUGGGCAUCAUCAACAACGUCUUCCAGGCCCCGUGGGGGGGCUCCCACACCUGUCAGAAGGAUGAGAAGGCCCUGGAGUGCAGCCUGUGCCAGUCUAGCAUCUUAUGCUACCAGCUGGGCUGUGAGCUCCUGGAGAGACUCACCCCCAGGGAGGAGAUACAUCUGGUGGAGCCAACAGAUGGCUUGGAGGACACAUUGCUGUUGCCUCAAGUGUUUGGACCUGAAAAAGGGACAAAGGGAGGGACAGAGGAAGGGGACCACCCUACCAGCACACACACUGACAACCCUACCAAUCAAAGUGACUCUCCUGACAACCCAUCAAUGAAGAAUAAUCCCGACAAGACGUUUUCCUACCAGCAGCUCCCUGUGUCUCUCAAGCUAAUAUACACCAUUCUGCAGGAAAUGUCCAAGUUUGAGGAGCCUAAUAUCCUGUUCAACAUGCUGAACUGUCUGAAGAUCCUGUGUCUCCACGGAGAGUGUCUGUACCUGGCCCGUAAGGACCACCCCCAGUUCCUGGCCUACAUCCAGGAAAAGAUGCUUAUUCCCAGACUGUGGACCAUGCUGAAGUCCGAGUUUUGCCAGCUGGCCUCCCUGGCCGUGCCCCAGCUCCUGCAUGCCCUCUCCCUCUCCCAUGGAGCAGACAUCUUCUGGAACCUGGUGGACAGCAAUUUCAACAGCAAGGACUGGAAGAUACGCUUUGAAGCAGUGGAGAAGGUAGCAGUGCUCUGUCGGUUCCUAGACAUUGGUUCUGUGACGAAAAAUCACCUGCUGAAGUACUCCCUGGCCCACGCCUUCUGCUGCUUCCUGGCCUCUGUGGAGGAUGUCAACCCGGCUGUGGCCACACGCGCCAGGCUGCUGCUGGACACCAUCAAGAGCCCAGCACUACAGGGCUUGUGUCUGUGCCUGGACUUCCAGUUCGACACAGUGGUGAGGGACCGACCCAUCAUCCUCAGCAAGCUGCUGAUGCUGCACCACCUGAAGCAGGAGGUCCCUGCCCUCAGCUGGGAGUUCUUUGUCAACCGCUUCGAGACGCUCUCCCUGGAGGCCCAGCUCCACUUGGACUGCAACAAGGAGUUCCCUUUCCCCACCACCAUCACAGCUGUGCGCACCAACGUGGCCAACCUUAGUGAUGCAGCGAUGUGGAAAAUCAGACGGGCGCGCUUUGCCAGGAAUCGCCAGAAGAGUGUGCGUUCCCUCCGUGACAGCGUCAAGGGCCCGUCCGAGUCCAAGAGGGCCUUCUCCCUCCCAGAGACUCUGUGUAACCGUCUACCUCUAAGACUUACGAGGCAAGAGCACUCUGCCCCGACUCUGGGAGAUAUGAUAGAGAAAGUCCUGCCAGCACGCUUCCUCCCGCCCUUUAACCCUGAUGCUUCAGCCCCUCUCCUAGGCCACAGCCCCUCACCGGAGGACGACUCGGUCAUCAGGGACCUGCUCCCAGAGGAUGCUGGGAUAGAUCACCAGACGGUGCACCAGCUCAUCAUGGUGCUGAUGAAGUUCAUGGCCAAAGACAAGAGCAGUGCCGAGGCAGACAUUGGCAGUGCCAAGGCCUUCAACACAGUGAAGCGCCACCUGUAUCUACUGCUGGGCUUUGACCAGCAGGAGGGUUGCUUCAUGAUCGCACCCCAAAAGAUGAGGACCUCAACCUCCUUCAAUGCUUUCAUCGCUGGCAUCGCACAGGUGAUGGACUACAACAUUGGGCUUGGGAAGCAGCUGCUCCCCCUGGUGGUCCAGGUGUUGAAGUACUGCACAUGCCCCCAGCUCAGACACUACUUCCAGCAGCCCCCACGCUGCUCUCUCUGGGCCCUGCAGCCACACAUCAGACAGAUGUGGCUCAAAGCCCUGCUGGUCAUCCUCUACAAGUACCCCUACAGGGACAUGGAUGUGAGUAAAGGGGUUCUGCACCUGAUCCACAUCACCAUCAACACCCUGAAUGCCCAGUACCACAGCUGUAGACCCCAUGCCACCGCCGGACCCCUCUACAGUGACAACUCCAACAUCAGCCGCUAUAGCGAGAAAGAGAAAGAGGAGGACAGUGUAUUUGAUGAGUCUGAUGUCCAUGACACCCCAACUGGAGCUGGCAACAAGGAGUCCCAGACCUUCUUCGCCCGUCUGAAGAGGAUUGGUGGCAGCAAGUCUGUCAAGUACCAGCCAGUGGAGCUGAAUGCACAGAAAAGUGAAAUUGAGCUGUCUGAGUACCGCGAGGCCAGUGCGCUACAGGACAGUAUCCUGCACUGUGUGAGGGAGGAGAGCACCAGGAAGAAGCGUCUGCAGGCCAUGCACAAGCAGAAGUCCUUAGACAUUGCCAACACUGACUCCAUCCUCUACAACCUGGACGAGCACCGACGCAAGUCCUGCAUUGACCGCUGUGACCUGCAGCAUGGUCUCCCCGCACCCCCCUCCUCCACCACCUCCCACCCCAGGCAGAAGGGGGGCCAUGGGAAGGGCUCGUCAGACGGUUCCUCAGGCCGUGCGGAGGGCAGCGACCGCCAGGACCGUCGAGGAUCCCGGGGGGGCCACUCAGACUGCUCCAGGCCUGUCAUCCCAGAGGUGCGUCUCAGCUGCAUGGGGAUGUUUGAGGACAAGGCCGACCUGGACUCCCCUCUUACAGGGGGCUCAUCAGCAGAGAAGGAGGACCCGGACCUCAUUGACCUCUCCUCUGACUGUACUUCCAUCCCAGAGAAACACUCCAUCCUCUCCAUGUCCGACAGCGACUCCCUGGUGUUUGAGCCCCUGCCGCCACUGAGGAUUGUGGAGAGUGACGAGGAAUUUGACCUCAACACAGUGAUGGGCAACAGGCUGAAUGGGAGUGCCAGGCCCCCAGCCUCCCCUGUCAGGCCUGCUGCCUCCCCUGCCAGGCCCGCUGCCUCCCCUGCCAGGCCCGCUGCCUCCCCUGCCAGCAGUAGCACCCUGCACCUGUCGCGGGUGGUGCAAGUGAGCGUGGAGGACUGCUCUAUGGACAAGAAGACCACAGACUCCCCAGCAAAAGAAAUCCCUCAACAGCGUUUACAGAGGAGGCCACGCUAUGCAACCCCCACCACCUCCCUGGAGCUGCCUGACCAGCCGGAGCACCCUGGCCUGGAGAGCCCCAUGACCCUCAGUUUACAACAGAAGAGGGACCUGCUGAGGAAGACCCCUGCUGUCCCUGACACCUCCCUGGAUGACUUUGUGCACCCUGAGGACCUGAAGGCAGCGGUGGGUGUGGGGACCAGUCCCUCUGGUAGGACCGUCUUCCUGGACAUUCCUGAAGACACAGCCGAGCCCCUCACCUCUCUGGAGGGUAACAAUGAUGAAGAGGAAGAUUAUGAAGAUGACGACCUUGAUGACAGCGACCUGAAACCUGAUAAUGAUGAUGAUGACAAUGACGAGGCAGAGUUUAAGAUCCAGAUAGUUCCCCGGCAACGCAAGCAGAGGAAGAUAGCUGUGAGCGCCAUCCAGAGAGAGUAUCUGGACAUCUCCUUCAACACCCUGGACAAGCUGGGGGAGCAGCCCACUGAGACAGCUCAGUACCGUCAGGCGAAGCGGGGCUCGUUGGGAGCUCUAACCAUUAGCCAGCUGAUGAAGAGACAGUUGGAGCACCAGUCCAGCGCCCCUCACAACAUCAGCACCUGGGAGACAGGCCCCACCAAGACCAGCCUCCUAUCUGCCCCCAGUACAGUCAGCAUGUUUGUGCCCGCCCCUGAGGAGUUCAUUGAUGAUCAGCCUACCACCAUGACUGACAGGUGUCGUGACUGUGGUGCGGUGCUAGAGGAGUAUGAUGAGGAGACCCUGGGCCUGGCAGUGGUGGUGCUCUCCAUGUUCAUCCACCUCAGCCCUGACCAGGCCGCUCCACUGCUGCUGGACAUCAUGCAGUCUGUGGGCAGGCUGGCGUCUAGUGCUAAUUUCUCUGGGCAAGCUGAGAGCAUGCUGAUCCCUGGCAACGCAGCAGGUGUGGCGAAGCAGUUCCUCCGCUGUGUGUUCCACCAGCUGGCCCCCAAUGGCAUCCUGCCUCAGCUCUUCCAGAGCAACAUCAAAGAUGGAGGUUUUCUGAGAACAUUGGCUUCUUCCCUGAUUGAUUUUAAUGAACUGAGUUCUGUGGCUGCGCUGAACCAGCUGCUGGAGGGUCUGAACAACAAGAGGAGUCUACCAGCCGGGGGCACCAUGCUGCAUUGCCUGGAGAACAUCGCCACCUUCAUGGAGGCCCUGCCCAUGGACUCCCCCAGCAACCUGUGGACCACCAUCUGCAAUCAGUUCCAGACCUUCCUCACUAAACUACCCUCUGUGCUGCCUCUGAAGUGUCCCCUGGACUCCAGUUUGAGGAUUAUCAUUUGUCUGUUGAAGAUCCCCACCACAAGUGCAACCCGGAGCUUACUGGAGCCCUUCUCCAAACUGCUGAGCUUUGUCAUGCAGUAUGGAGUGUUCAGCCUCUCUUACCUGGUGGAGCUGUGUGGCCUCUGUUACAAAGCCUUCAACAAGGAAAGAGACAAGUUCUAUAUGUCUCGUAUUGUGGUGCUGGAGCUUCUGCAGGCUCUGAAGUUCAAGUCUCCACUACCCGAUACUAACCUGCUACUGCUGGUCCAGUUUGUUUGUUCAGAUAUUGGUACGAGGCUAGCAGAGUCUACUAUUCUCUCAAAGCACAUGAUCUCAUCACUUCCAGGGUGCACGACAGCAGCAAUGGAAUGCAUGAGGCAAUACAUCAGUGAGCUUCUAGACUUCAUAGCGGAUAUGCACACACUGACCAAACUGAAAAACCAUAUGAAAGCGUGUUGUCAGCCGCUGCACGAGGACACGUUUGGAGGAAACCUGAAAGUGGGCCUGGCACAGGUGGCUGCCAUGGAGAUCAGCAAAGGCAAUCACCGUGACAAUAAGGCAGUGAUCCGUUAUCUUCCCUGGCUCUACCAUCCCCCGUCCACCAUGCAGCAGGGACCUAAGGAGUUCAUCGAGUGUGUGUCCCACAUCCGCCAGCUGUCCUGGCUGCUCCUGGGCUCCCUGACCCACUAUGCCCUGUACCAGGGCUCCACCUCCUGUAUGCCCAUCCCCCUGGACGCUGGCUCACACAUUGCUGACCACCUCAUCAUCAUCCUCAUCGGCUUCCCUGAGCAAUCCAAGACGUCAGUGCUGCACAUGUGCUCCCUGUUCCAUGCCUUCAUGUUUGCCCAGCUGUGGACCAUCUACUGUGAGCAGGCGGCGGCCGCCUCGGCCCUGCAAAACCAGAACCAGACAGAGUUCUCUUCCAAUGCCAUACUGACGGGCCUGGAGUUCUGGAGCCGCGUCACACCCAGCAUCUUGCAGCUCAUGGCCCAUAACAAAGUGAUGGUGGAGAUGGUGUGUCUACAUGUCAUCAGCCUGAUGGAGGCUCUACAAGAAUGCAACUCAACCAUCUUCGUGAAGUUAAUACCUAUGUGGUUGCCCAUGAUUCAAUCCAACCUAAAGCAUCUGUCUGCAGGGCUCCAGCUGCGACUGCAGGCUAUCCAGAACAGGGUGAACCACCAGUGUCUGCAAGGCCAGGCAGCCGGGGCCCUGCCCUUUGCUCUGCGCAAGUGGCUGCAGUGCACCCAGUUCAAGAUGGCCCAGGUGGAGAUCCAGUCAUCAGAGGCCGCCUCACAGUUCUACCCUAUGUGACCUGCCCACCUCUCACGGGAUACACCAAGACCCAGGCCACCUCAGGACCAGCGUGCAUCUGCUUGAUGCCUGCCUGCCUGCCUGACCAUUAACAUGAGGAAGUUGACUCCUGCAUAAAUUGAUUCUCACCGUCUUAAGACUCUGCUUCUGACGUAAUCCUCUUCAGCACCGUCUAAACUUUGAAUAUCUAUACUACUCUUUUGUGCAAUGAGAGGGAUAGGUGAGUACAGGUCGGGCAGGUGUGCAGAUGCAGUGGGAUAACAGUACAGUAAAUAACAGUUUAGGUGCCCAACAUGCUGUGUGCAGCAUCAGAGGUUAAACUAGAUGGAGAGAAUAUCUAUCAGCACUGCAGAUGACUGGAGUGGAUGGAUGGAGAAUGCUGUAUGCUGAAGCUCAGACUUGUUUACUUGGUGAUACUCAUGUUCUAUAUUGUUAUUUUCAGUUGCUUGGUUGCAAGCCUGACAAAAUAAUAAAAAUCAAGCCACAUGUUCUUAAUAUACA